CACACGUCACCAUUACAUGUAGACAUUCCUGAAAAUGACUGCAAUGGCCCUACCUUGUAAUGCAGCACUGGAGGACCCAAAGGGCUUAAAUACUUUCGGAACUUCAAUAUUUUCAAGACUGGAAUGUUGCAGGUGUUGUCGUGGAUGGAUUAUACACGUGUGGCAGUUCCUGUUCCAUUUGGCGUCAUUUGGCUACACUGUGCUGGGUCUCGUAUUGUGGUAUACUGGGCCUGAGCUCCCGUACAAUACAGGAGCGUACCUAACAACAUGGUCCUACAUUAUGGUUCUGAUCCAUUUCUUCAUCUCAUCCAUCAUCAGCUCCGUGAACCUGGUCGAGAGUCUCAGGACAAACAACUCACAGUCGAGACGUCAGACAAUGAUACCUCUUUCAUCAUUUUCGAGUCCAGCUUACAUUCCUGAUGGUGAAAAUGUCACAUCAUACCAAGUGGAAAGAACACCCAAAACUGACGGCGCAAAUACUGUUACAAGGUGCCACUUUGGACUUCUCUACCUUUCGCAAAUAUUUUCAAGUGUCGUCUUUGUAUUUGCGCCAAUCGUGACCGCGGUAUAUUUUGCCGGAAUUUGUUCCAGCGACGUUCACUGCACAUCAUUCCACAACAUCAACGUACACGCUGUGAAUACGUUAUUUGUCCUUGUUGAUUUCCUCAUUACCAUACGUGGAAAACGUUGGUUUUGCGUCAUUUGGCCUGUCCUUUAUUUCAUGAUCUAUAUAAUCUUCAACUUGGUCCACUGGUAUAUCAAUAACAGUGUUAUAUACUCAGGCUUUCUUGAAUGGAAGUACUUUGGACGAACCUGUGGAUAUGUUGCCGUGGUUUUCUUGAUUGUGGUAUUUUUACACAUUUUGCAUUCACACCUAGUAUCCUUUCAGGUUUAUUGUCUGAGAAAAUACAGGGCAAGGCAGAGUGGACCAGUUUAGGGUGAUGAGACAUCCAUUUAACCACAUCGCAACAUACAAACCUCAAAUUAAAUGGUCUCGACAUAUGUGUGAUAAGCGUCAAAUUCGGAGCAUGGCCAUCUAACAUAUUGAGCAAAGCAAAUUGUGACUUAUGAACUCAGCAGGUAUCGCUAAACGACACUGUGAAUAUGUAUCUGCAUUUGGGAGCAUGUUUAUUCAAGGUAUCAAAAUUGGUAAUUUGAUCGUUUUGAUCUGAAGUUUCUACGUUGAUAUUUUAUAGUUACUAAAACAGAAGAGGUCUAAACCUUAAUGAGUAACAUUGCAACAUGCAUAGUAUGGUCGCAGCAUCAUGUCUGGAAUACAUAAAAAGCGACAAAAUCCUUUCCAUCAUCAUAAGAAAUCCAUACUACCAUCCCGACUAUAUCGUGCGCAUGUGUGCCUGAAUCACUGUUGGGCGGUCGUGUAGCCUAGUGGUUAAAUCGUUCGCCACUCGCGCCGAGGACCCGGGUUCGAUUCCGACAUGGGUACAAUGUGUGAAGCCCAUUUCUGGUGUCACCCGCCUUGAUAUUGCUGGAGUAUUGCUUAAAACGGCGUCACUCACUGAAUCACUGUUAAAUAUUAUUUUUUAUUUUUAUUUUUUAAAAAGAGCAAGAAGAUGAACAUAUCCUGCCCCACCUGUGGCGCCCACCACUUUGACUUUAACGUUGCCUAGACGGGUGGUAGGAUGGGCCCGACCCUAUUAAUUGUCUUGUAUUGUAUUUCCACAAAAUCAUAUAUCUAAGUAAUCUUUUCACUUCAGGUGUUGGUCAUGUUUGCUAAUAAAACACCACUUGAAUUUGGAAAA